UUUUUUUUUUUUUGGAUGAAACCGAGACUGAGGAUGCGAAGCAACUAAACCCUAACCCUAAACUCGCCCACUGAAUCGGCUCGAGCCUUGCGAUCCCUUCUCCGCAGCGUCGCCGCUUUCCGUCGUCUGCUUAUUCUCUUGUAAUUCUUUGGGUACAAACCGGAAAUGUACCUAAAAGUGGAGCUUCCAUGGAACAUAGCGAUCCCAGCAGAAAAUACAGACGCAAAAGGGCUCAUGCUCCAGAGAUCCAUCAUCAUACGCCUUCUAGACGACUUUGCUUCCAAGAAAGCAACCAAGGAGCAUGGUUAUUUCAUUGCGGUCACGAACUUGGAAUCCAUUGGGGAGGGAAGAAUCAGAGAGAACACUGGAGAAGUUGUCUUCCCGAUAGUUUUCAGUGGGAUCACUUUCAAGAUCUUCAGGGGAGAGGUCCUUAACGGGGUGGUUCACAAGGUGCUCAAGCACGGUGCCUUCUUGAAAUGCGGUCCGGUCGAAAGCAUCUACCUCUCCAGCUUGAAGAUGCGGGGUUACACGUACCUCCCGGGCGAGAACCCGAUCUUUGUGAAUGAUAAGAUGCCCAAGGUUCAGGUUGGUGUCAUGGUUCGGUUCAUGGUGAUCGGUACCAAGUGGAUGGAGGCCGAGAGGGAGUUUCAGGCUUUGGCUAGCUUGGAAGGUGACUAUCUUGGUCCGAUCUCUGAGGAUUAGCUCUCUCCAUCCUAGGUUGUCUUGUACAGACAUUAAUGAAAUGGAUCUGUCCUUGUAUUUGACACAAAGUCCUAACUUUUCAGCAUGUAUGGACUUCUUUUCUAUAUGUAUCAAUAUUUCACAA